AUGUCGGACGUAGAAGAUAACCAGCCCGAAGUUCAGGAGGAGGUUGAGGUGUCCGCGGACGCCGCCUCCAAGGGCCAGAUGUCGGUCCUGGACGCCCUCAAGGGUGUUCUUCGCCUGGCCCUCAUCCACGAUGGCCUUGCCCGUGGUCUUCGUGAGGCCUCGAAGGCGCUCGACCGCCGCCAGGCACACAUGUGUGUCCUGAACGAGGCUUGCGAGGAGGACGCGUAUAAGAAGCUCGUCAUCGCUCUGUGCUCCGAGCACAAGAUCCCCUUGAUCAAGGUCCCCGACGGCAAGCAGCUCGGCGAGUGGGCUGGUCUCUGCGUUCUCGACCGCGAGGGUAACGCCCGCAAGGUCGUCAACUGCUCUUGCGUCGUCGUCAAGGACUGGGGUGAGGAGUCGCAGGAGCGGUCUAUCCUCCUGAACUACUUCCAGACCGAGCAAUAA